AUGUCCUUUCAUUCCUCUCGCUGUCUAUCCAGGGCCUUUUUCUGGCUGGUCUCCCUGCUCCUGGCCUCUUUGAUCUGGUUUAUUUCGGUGCAUCUGAGUGACCGGGAAGAUGGGCGUCUACAGUACGGCCUUUUGAUGUUCGGGGCAGCUGUCUCGGUCUUGCUCCAGGAAGCCUUUCGCUUUGCGUACUUCAAGCUCCUCAAGAAAGCUGAUGAAGGGCUGGUGACCAUCAGCGAAGACGGCCGGUCUCCCAUCUCGAUCAAGCAGAUGGCAUACGUGUCAGGUCUCUCCUUUGGAAUCAUCAGCGGGGUCUUCUCCGUCAUCAACAUCCUUGCGGACUCUAUUGGACCAGGCACCGUGGGAAUCCAUGGAGAUUCGCCCCAUUACUUCAUCACUUCAGCCUUCCUCACGAUGGCGCUGGUUUUCCUACACACGUUCUGGGGCACGAUCUUCUUCGACGCCUGCGAGAAGGGCCGCUACUGGACUCUGGCGUUGGUGGUCAUCAGUCACCUGGUCACGUCCGGCUUGACAUUUCUAAACCCUUGCUACGAAGCCAGCCUCAUCCCCAUCUUCAUCAUCACCUUCUCCAUGGGGGUCUGGGCCUUCUUCACAGCCGGAGGUUCCCUGAGGAGCAUCGUCACCUGCCUGUCAUGCCGGCGGAAGGAAGCUGACCAAGUGAUGGUCUACUCUGCGCUGCAGCUUCCUGUGGAGGACUGAGCCCACCCUUUUUCAGCAUCCUGGAUCUGAGGAUGUUCCUGAGGACCACCCAAGUGCCCUUCCGUUGGCUGCAGCCUCUGCCAAUCAAAUCCACGCCCUCUCUCUUCCCUCCCCCCUCUGCCUGGGAGGCACAAGUCCAGAGGCGACCCACCUAGCCCAAGGGAUGAUUCCUUUGGCCCGAACUGACAGCUCUGAUGGCAGGAUGAUAACUACUCCCAAGAAGUGCUCAUUACAUAUUCCAUAUGGUUGGGAAUUCAAUAUUCCAUGUGGUUGGGAAUUCAAUAUUCCAUGUGGUUGGGAAUUCAAUAUUCCAUGUGGUUGGUUUCCCUACCGUCCCUCCAGUGUGUGUAAGGAGGUGUAUUUCCUUGACUCUGAUCUGCAAGAGGGAGAACGUCGGCUAAUCUCUUAAGCAUUUUCAUCUUUUCGGUAGAGGCAAACAAGGCCACGUAAUUUGUCCUCCGAUGUAUUCUUGGGACACACAAUUUCUUGGAGCCAAAAUGAGCCCCUUCCCCCUCUUCUUCAACGUCUGGGAGCUCAGGAUAUACAACUAGUUCUCUUUCUGGGAUGUGUGAUGUUGAUGUAAGUGGCGCCCGUUACUCUUGGUCGGCAACUUUGGCCGGAGGGCCAAGAGAGGAGAGCAGGCCUGCUCGACCACAAUCCACCCUCCUCGAAUGAAGCAAUUCCCAUCAGCAUCAUAAUAGCAACUGGAAGCUGGUUGGAACUGUUCAAGAAGGCCCGGAUUUGGCCCUGCUGCCGUGAGUUGCCGAUCCUGCUCUAAUCUGCAAAGAGAGCACGAUCCCCUCAAGUGACCAGGUUACUCUAGAUCAGUCUUGCUGACGGCAGUGAAGGUCGGUCACCGACUUUUUGCUGUUAAAACUCCCAAACUGGAAUGAUCCCUUGUUCUGAAAGAAUCCUUCCUCUGUGUGCAAUUGAUUUUGUUUUACUGUCGUACUUUUUCAAGGACAAAAACUGAACUGAAGUUUCUUUUUUUUUCCUUUGAGAGGGCAGAAGAGGUGGCACAUGAAAAGCCUUUGGACUGAAACGCCUUCCUGUUGUCCUCGAUGUGUUGAAACACUGGAGCCCUGGAUUUUUAAUAUAUGUGUGUCUGAAUGUGCAAGGGCAGCCCUCCCUAAGUUGUUGGGGGCUCCCAGCUCCCAGCAUUCCCUUGCUCCUGGGCCAACUUGGCAGGGGCUGAAGGGAGCUGGAUUCCCAGCAAUAUCUGGUGGGCCACAGGUGGACUCCCUCCCUCAAUGCUAGCCGCGGUCAAGCCCAAGGACCAUGAAAGAUAGCAGGCCCCUUAGACGAUGAGAGCGGCCUUCAUAGGAUAUUUGAGGAAGGGAAGAAGAAGGAGGAGGUCCAGUUGAGUGUGUACGGUUGCCAUAUUUCAGAAAGUAAAAAUCUG